AUGGAGUGUAUCUACUACAGCCAAGGAAGAUGCAGAUUUGGCAAAUCGUGCAGAAACAAACAUAUCAGUAGAUCAGAGCUGCUGGAUCCCCCCAGGUGGAUACUUGGCUCCAAUUUCAGCAAAGACCCAUCUUCAGAGACCAGAUACUCGAUGGAAGAAGUUCGCCUGUUCUACUACAACGCAUACAGAGCAGGGAUGCCUGCACUGGAGGCGUUCUUCACCGCAUGGAACCAGUCUGUGAUCGCAUCGUACAAUGCUGUGGUGCAGGAGAUAAAUAAGCUGGAGGAAACUGCGAAUGUUCUGGAGGGAGUGGACGGAAGAACCGUGGACAUAAGAAAAAACGAGAACUUUGAGUACAUCAUAAACCCCGUGCCAAUAGAGGCUGUGCUUUCGCAAAUAGCACAGAACUACAAUCCAAUGCAAAUAUACCCACGCCAUCCAGCAGCACAGUACAAUAUCGCUAAUGCUGGGGCAAUGAACAAUAGUGCAGGCAAUAUGAUGAAUAAUGGAAUGAUGAAUGGGAGCAAUCUAGCUAAUAGUGGAAUGAUGAUGAACUCUGGCGCAAUUAAUAGCAGCAAUAGCAUCGCUCAGAACGGCAUGAUGAACAGCACUGCUGGGAAUAUGAUGAAUAACGGCAUGGAAAACGGAGGAAAUGGCAACAGAAAUGGGUUAAAUAGAAAUGAGCCGUCUGAGCACCCAGAUGUAUACGAGAUAGGAAAGAUUCCCUACAGCCCGCCCCGCAGCUAG